UUUUGGCAGACGAUCAGACAUUCGUUCGGUUUCAGUCGAGGAGAGGUGUGAUGUGACGACGAAGCAUUAAUUUGUAAUUUUCUUCCCUUAUUUUGUGCGUAAAAGUUUUAGUUGUUCUUCUGUUUGAUGCUUUAAACUAGAAUUAAAGUGCCUUUAUUGUAAAUAAUUUAAAAGUUUAGUUAUUUCCUUUGCGAGAUACUGCAUCCAAAAUCAGCAUGUCGAAGCUUGCCAAAGAGGAGAAAAAGUUUCGUCUCAACGUCACCGGAACUGCCGGCCAGGAGCUUGAACUGGUACAGGUCGAUGAGGACACGCAGGAUGCUGAGGGCCUCAACGUUGAUUCAUUGGCGGAGGAGCAUGCCGAACCCAAUUUAGUGGAGACCACCGACGGAAGAAUGAUCAUCGAGAUGAAACCCGGUAAAACGUGCGACAUCUGCAGCGUUACUUUCCAAUCGGCAAAGAUCUUCAAGAAGCACAAGGAGGAAUGUCUCGAGAAGAUUAGCGAAUUCGCAGAUGUCCUAGAGAAAGAGAAAACGGCGGCAAUGUCGGCGCAACCGGGCGAAGAGUUCUUCAAAUACUGCAACCCGAAUCCGGAAAAUCCCUGCUAUUGUUGUGGCGAGGAUGUUUCAACCGCUCACGUCGGUCACAUGAAGUGCAAACUGUGCCCAAAGUCUUUCAAAGCGUAUGAAUAUCUGGAGAGACAUUUGCAGGCCGUCCAUGCCGACACGACCGAAUUCGGCUGCACUCAAUGUAACGCCAAGUGCCCUUCGGUAAAGGUUCUCGGCCAGCACAUGAUGACGCACAGUGCGGGCAAACCGUUCUCUUGUCUCAAAUGUGGAAAGGAUUUCACCCGCAAGUACCACCUUGAGCGGCACCUGAACCACUCCAGCUGCGGAGAAAUUCCCAAGUACUUGCUUCCAUGUGAAGUUUGCGGAAAGGAAUUCACCAGGUUGGAUAAUUUGCGCGAACAUCUUCGCUACCACAUGGGCGAAGCCAAGAGGAAACGCGACUAUCAGUGUCCGCACUGCGAGAAGGCAUUCUACGGGUCUUCGUUGCUCAACAUCCAUAUCCGUACUCACACCGGGGAGAAACCGUUCCCCUGUGAUCUAUGCACGAAGACCUUCCCGUCCACAGGAGCCUUGCGAAAACAUCGCCGAUCGCACACUGGUGAACGACCCUAUCGUUGCGCUGAGUGUUCGGCCACUUUUGCUGCCAGGGAGACGCUGAAUAGACACCGGAAAACUCACACAGGUGAAAGACCACAUGAGUGCACCAUUUGCGGGAAAAAGUUCAUCCAGGCGACCCAGCUUCGCGCGCACAUGUUCAACCACACCGGUGAGAACGGAUUCAAUUGCGACCAGUGUGAGGCCGUAUUCAACCGGAAGGCCCGCUUGGACGAACACAUACGCUUCGUGCACCAGAAAGAAGCUCCGCUGACAUGCGAAGUUUGCUCAAAGUCGUUCAUCCGGAAGGAGGAUCUGAACCGUCAUCUUGAUACGCACAGCGAUGAGAAGAAUUUCUCUUGUAACCACUGCGGUAAAUUGUUCGCAUCCAAAGCAGCGUUGAAGAUCCAUGAGCGAACUCACAUCAUCGAAGAACCUAGCGUUUGUUCAAUUUGUAAUCAUAGUUUCAUAAGGAGAGAUUGUCUUGUAAGGCACAUUCGGACUCGCCAUGCUGGCUGUCCGGAGGCGAUGUCCAAAAUUCCGCCAAGAAAGAUUCAAAGUUCAGAGCCACCGCGGGAGGAAGUUCUUUUGGAAAUCACAGAGACCGAGGCAACCAUGGAACAAAUGGUAUCCAUCCCAGAGGAGGAUGAACAAAUGCUGGAAAUCGAUGGCGAGGUCUAUCAAAUAACACCACUCGAAGACAUACAACUGGUGAAGAUCAACACUAGACGCAAGGACAUCAAAAACGAAUCACAGACUGUGGACAGUGAAAUGUUAGUGGACGAAAUUGAAGUUUUGCCAACGAAGUUGGAACCCCUUCUUCCAGUUGAAACCAAAAAAGCAAUCAAAACCAAACGAAGCAUGUCCGUUAAACCACCAGAAAUGCUUCCACCUCCACCUCCGUUGGCGGUUGAACCCGCCGAAAUUAAUGUCCCAGUAGAAGUGGCACCAAUCGAACAACCGCCAAAAGAGAAGAAAAAGCGCAAACGAGCCACCGAAAAUGCUUCGAUCGUGCUGCCGACCAAAAUCAAAAUCGAGGAGGACGAUUCCAUGCCGAUCUUUUUGAGCGAUGCCGUGCUGAAGGAAAAAGUUAACGAACUUCUAUGUAUGCUGAUUGACGAAGAGGUACUCACGGAGUUUGGCUGGCCGAGGGCUCCUGUGGACCGGGUCCUGAGCGAAGUGAUCAAACGUUGCGGACACAAACCGGCUUCCGGGGUGGAAACCGGUGACUACACGACACGCAUGCGGGAGAACACCAAGAUCCUGUUCGCGCUCACGAUGGAAGACGACAGCAUCAGGACGCUGCUCAACAAUCACACCAUCGACGAGGUGAUCAUGAGCGUUUUGAAGAGCAAGUAAAUGGCGACGUUUUGUCAGGAGAGCCGUAAGUGCAAUUAAUAUCCGGGAUAACGCGGAGGAGUUUAAUUUAUGUUAAAUUUUGCAUCACUCUUUUAGUAGAUUGGCGAUUUGCCUAACAUUGUUGAUGAAAAUUGAAUUGCAGAUAUUAUCGCUAUUAAAUAUAGUUUAUAGAAACGUA